AAAUUGAAAAAGGAAAACUCUGUUUAACAAUUCUAGAGGGUUUAUCAAUCUCAGCGCGCGUGUUCGUCGAGAGGUUUCUGCCUUGAUCCACAAAAAACAUCAAUAACGAGAGAGAAUGAGAAGUAAUCGAUCUCCCAUUUUAACAAUCCUACUUUUAAUCUUCUUCCUUCGAUUCGAUCUCAGUAACGCACUCUAUGGAGCAUCGUCUCCAGUUCUUCAACUUACUCCUUCCAACUUCAAGUCCAAGGUUUUGAACUCAAAUGGCAUCGUUCUAGUUGAGUUCUUUGCACCUUGGUGUGGUCAUUGUCAAGCUCUCACGCCUGUUUGGGAGAAAGCGGCUACCAUCUUGAAAGGAGUUGCAACAGUAGCAGCACUUGAUGCAGACGCCCACAAGUCACUUGCUCAGGAAUAUGGCAUUAAAGGAUUCCCAACCAUAAAAGUCUUUGCACCUGGAAAGCCUCCAGUAGACUACCAAGGAGCUCGGGAUGUUAAGCCCAUUGCAGAAUUUGCUUUGCAACAGGUGAAGGCUCUGUUAAAGGAACGUCUAAAUGGAAAAACAACUGGAGGUGGGUCAAAUGAGAAAUCAGAACCUAAUGCUUCAGAAGAAUUGAAUUCUCGCAACUUUGAUGAGUUAGUGAUAAAGAGUAAAGAUCUCUGGAUUGUGGAGUUCUUUGCUCCUUGGUGUGGACACUGUAAACGUUUGGCUCCAGAAUGGAAGAAGGCUGCUAAAAAUUUGAAGGGGAAGGUGAAAUUGGGUCACGUAGAUUGUGAUGCUGAGAAGUCUCUAAUGAGCAGGUUCAACGUGCAAGGAUUCCCUACCAUCUUGGUAUUCGGUGCUGACAAGGACAGUCCAAUUCCAUAUGAGGGUGCAAGAACAGCAUCAGCAAUCGAGUCAUUUGCUUUAGACCAGCUAGAGACAAAUGUUGCACCCCCAGAAGUGACGGAGCUCACUGGUUCUGACGUCAUGGAUGAGAAAUGUGCAUCGGCUGCCAUUUGUUUUGUUGCUUUCCUGCCCGACAUUUUGGAUUCCAAGGCCGAAGGAAGGAACAAAUACCUCGAGCAAUUGUUAUCAGUUGCCGAGAAGUUCAGAAGAAGUCCCUACAGCUAUGUUUGGGCAGCCGCUGGUAAGCAACCUGAUCUUGAAAAGCGUGUUGGAGUUGGUGGAUAUGGGUACCCUGCCUUGGUAGCUUUGAAUGUGAAGAAAGGAGCGUAUGCUCCCCUUAAGAGCGCAUUUGAGCUCGAACAUAUUAUCGAGUUUGUAAAAGAAGCUGGCCGUGGAGGGAAAGGGAAUUUGCCCCUAGAAAGCACUCCAGAAAUUGUGAAGACAGAACCAUGGGACGGUAAAGACGGCGAGGUAAUUGAAGAAGAUGAGUUUUCGCUUGAAGAGCUUAUGGGAGGCGAAGAUGAGACAGUAACUAAAGAUGAGCUAUGAAGAAGUUGAAGAUAUAGUUAAAAGAGAGUGGAUGAUUUUUGAGGUGUUAUUAGGACACUUGGUGGUUGGUUUAAAUUAAAUGAGACGUGUUUCUUUCAUGAUCGAGGGGUUGGGUGUGUUUAUUUACCACUUUCUUGUGCUUACCUUUGCCCCCUCCCUUAACAUCAACUCCAACGUUUCGGAUGCGACCAUAAUUGACGGUGUUCCAAUUCUAAUCAAUCAUCUUUAGAGUUUUUGA